AUGGACAGAGUGAACAAAAGAAAACAGAAGAGGCGUGAAAUUGGACGGGGGCAGUUGGUGACCACCCCGGACGACCUUUUCUCAGGCCAUCUGUCUCAGCUUCGCGCCAAACGGACCAAGGUUGAUGGUUGUCUUCUGGGCCAGAGCCAAAGAGGGGCCUCAACAGAGCAUGAUCCCCUUGAGGCUCCAAAGACUCUGGCUGUUCUGAAAACCGUUGUCCAGGAGUCUAUUGAAGACCCUAAUGUCAUGGGAUCUAGUCCUGAAAUCUCAGAAGCGAUUCUAGCCCUUUCAAAUGCGCUCAAACUGCCUGGACAUCGAGUGCCUCACUCUUCUUCUAAGCCAAACCUGGAUGUCUAUGUCAGCCAACACUCCAACAAUGUUGAGGCUGAUAAGGCAAGGAGCCCUGAGUUGCCGGCAGUUCUGGACCCUAUCCUAGAGCGGUCCGUUUUUACACAUCCCGCUUGUGCCAAGGCCCAGGACGAAGCCUAUGACAGAUUAGAGGUCCUUGGGGAUGCAUAUAUCGAACUUAUCGCGACCAAGUUGAUCUGGAACAAAUUUCCUCGCAUUCCGGCAGGCCGAAUAUCUCAGAUCCGGGAAGGCUUGGUCAAGAAUUCAACAUUGGCCUCUUUUGCAGAAACCUAUGGUUUUGACCGCAAGGUAUUGGUGCCGGCCGCUUAUUCUGACCAGGCCAAACGCUGGAUCAAGACAAAAGGAGAUGUUUUCGAAGCUUAUGUAGCUGCUGUCAUUAUAUCUGAUCCGGUCGAGGGCUAUCAAAUUGCCGAGAAUUGGCUGAGGUCACUGUGGUUGCCAAUGCUAGAUAACCUAGGCCAUCAAAAAACCGAGCUGAGAGCAAAGGAAGAGCUUGCUAGAAAGGUUAUGGCAAAGGGUAUCAAACUGGACUACUUGGAGGAGAGGCCUUGUGUGCAAGAAAAGGGUUCUGGCACCCAAAGGUUCUUCAUUGGUGUCUACCUAACGGGCUGGGGGUGGGACAAGAAACAUCUGGGAUCUGGGCAGGGUGCAAGCAAGGCUGCGGCAGGGGACGAUGCUGCUCAAGCUGCUCUAUUGGAUACCAACAUGAUAUCUCAUAUUGCUGACAAGAAGGCGGCGAUGGGUGGUAUCCAGGAGAGACGAAGCUGA